AUGAUGGAAAGAAUAAGAAAAGAGAUGAUUCUGAUGGAGAGAGGGCUGCACAGCCCCACGGCCGGCAAGAGGUUCUCCAAUUUGUCCGACUCGGCUGGCAAUGCUGUGCUCGAGGCCUUGGAAAAUUCGCAGCACCCGGCUCGCCUCAGCCCGCGCUUGCCUUCCGCCCCCUUGCACGGCGCUCUGGGAGACCUCCCUGCCAAGGGCAAAUUCGAAAUAGACACUUUGUUCAACCUGCAGCACCCGGGCAGCGAAAGCACCGUCUCCUCCGAAAUCGCCUCCGCCGCCGAGGGCCGCAAAAAGCCGGGCCAUUAUUCAGAGGCGGCCGCAGAGGCGGACAUGAGCAGCGACGUGGAGGUGGGCUGCUCGGCGUUGCGCUCCCCCGGCGGCCUCGGCGCCGCGCCGCUCAAGGAAAACAAUGGCAAAGGCGGCGGCGGCGGUAGCGGCGGGGGCGCGGCUCUGGGCGGCUCCGGCUCUGGCGCCGAUCAGGUGCGGCGCUACCGCACGGCAUUCACCCGCGAACAGAUCGCGCGUCUGGAGAAGGAGUUCUACCGGGAGAACUAUGUGUCGCGACCACGCCGGUGCGAGCUGGCCGCUGCGCUCAACUUGCCUGAAACCACCAUCAAGGGACUUAGGGCUGACGGCACUGGCGACGACAGCUUGAUGCGCGGUCCUCUCAUCAAGUGGAGAGAUGGUAUUUUUGAAGCACCUUGUUCGGAAGCGCCAGGGGUGGGGCGGAUCGCGGCUGGGAACCGCGCUGUUCACCCCGCCCGGAAGCAUUCUGGGAGACAGCAGAAGCGGACCCUGAAGGUCUGCUCUUGA